AUGGAGCCGGUGCCCCGUGGCCGCCCCCAACGCGCAGGGCUCUCGGUCUUCGCCUGCUACGACCAGCUGCGGCGCGAGAUCCAGGCGCUGCUGGCAGAGAACGAGGAGCUGACGCGGGCGGUGGGGCGGCUCAAGGAGCAGCGGCACCUGCGGCACCUCCUGCACGGCCAGCCCGGCACGGCACCCGGCACGGCACCCAGCUCGGCACCCCCCCUCGCCGCUGUGCCCCGCUCCAGCAGAGGAGGCUUCACCUUCCCCAGCCCAGCCAACGUCCCGGACUGGGAGCUGGCACCCCUGGAGCAGAGCCUGAUCUUCCAGAUCCCCCCCUGGGAACCCCUCUGGGACCAGCAGCCCCAGGAUGGCACGCUGCCCACACCACUGCCCAUGCCGAGCGGCACCGACAUUGGCACCGACAUCAGCACUGGGAUGCUUUCACCUGCCACCGGGAGCAGAACCCUCCCAGUGACCGUGCUGGGCAGCCCCAGCCCCAACAGCCACUGCCUCUCCUGCCCCCUCAACCGCUUCGGCUCUGCCAGCCACCCCCCCAGCCACCGGCCGCCCCCCGAACCGCCACGGGACCCCCUGGCACCGGAGCCGAGUGGCCCCAGCCUGCGGCUGUCAGACCUGCAGGGAUCGGGGGCCAGGGCCCCCCCAUCCCCACUCCCACCGCCCCCGUCCCCGGAGGAGCAGCAGCCACUGGACCUGCGGCUGCCGGACACCCGGCGCAAGGUGACCUGGUGGAAGGUGGCCCGCGAUGCUGACCGGCUCGCCUCCAGCCGGGAUCCGCCGCAGAGUUCCAGCCUGCGAGAUGGCCAGCAGCCGGCGUGGGAGCAGCUGGUGGGCGAGAUCGCCUUCCAGCUGGACCGCCGCAUCCUCGCCAGUGUCUUCCCCGACCGUACCCGCCUCUACGGCUUCACCGUCACCAACAUCCCCGAGAAGAUCAUGGCGACUGCCCUCGGCACCGUGCCAGGGGGCUUUGACGAGCAGUGCUGCACCGCCGCGGCCCGGCGCUACGUCAGCCUGAUGGGACGUCUGCGGGCACUGGGCUACAGCCCCACGGUGCACCCGGCCUUUGCCGAGUCCCUCGUCAACACCUACGGCAUCCUGCCAGAGCCGGCCGGCCCCGACACCUGCACCCGCCACAGCCUGGCCUUCCUGCGCCAUGUGGUGACCGAGACGGUGCCGCCGGCAGUGCAGCCGGACGCGUUGGUGCUGCUCGAGUGCCUGCAGGAGCUGGCACAGGAGGAUGGGCAGCCCCUCUUCCUCUGGUGA